GUGUCAAUUUACUGAGAUAUUUCUAAAAACAAAUGUUUAGGAGUUGAAAAGUUGUGCGUAAUUAUUAAUAUUUUAUGGAACUAUUUAUUGGAACUUUUAAAGUUUCUAAAGAAAGCUAAUCAUGGCGACGAAUGCGAGAGUCGCGGUGUCACAAAUCCUUCGUAACAAAGAUGACACAGUAGAAGAAGAUGAUGAACCGAAAAAAAAAUCUCGAGAGGAUUGGAGGAAAGCGAAGGAGUUAGAGGAGGCUCGUAAAGCUGGUACAGCGCCCGCUGCUGUCGAUGAAACAGGCAAGGACAUAAAUCCCCACAUUCCACAGUACAUUUCAUCAGCACCCUGGUACUAUGGUACUGCUGGUCCAACGUUGAAGCAUCAGAGGCCACAAGAAGAUAGAGAAGGGCAGUUUACUAAACUCGAGACAUACUAUAAUAAAGGGGUGUCAUCAAGUGCGGCGACAAAAUACAGAAAGGGUGCCUGCGAGAACUGUGGUGCAAUGACACAUGUUAAAAAGGAUUGUUUGGAGAGACCUAGAAAAAUCGGCGCGAAGUUCUCGAAUGCAGGUAUAGCCCCUGAUGAGUUUGGUCAGCCAGAUCUGAACUUGAGCUACGAUGGUAAGCGUGACCGAUGGAAUGGUUACGACCCUGCACAGCACAAAGCUAUUAUCGAGGAGUACCAGAAAGUUGAGGAGGCUAAGAGAGAACUGAGAGCUAAAAGGUUGGAGCAAGAUCCUACCGCAACAGAGGAAGACGAACUGGAGGGGGAGGAUGAAGACAAGUAUGUUGAUGAAGUGGACAUGCCCGGUACAAAGGUGGAUUCCAAACAGCGUAUCACAGUCCGAAACCUGCGAAUCCGCGAGGACACCGCCAAAUAUCUGCGGAACCUGGACAUCAACUCUGCGUACUACGAUCCCAAAACACGAUCCAUGAGGGACAACCCUAUCCCGGAGGCGGCUGAGUCAGAAUACGCCGGCGAGAACUUCGUCCGUUUCACGGGAGAUACCAGAUCCCAUGCCACGGCGCAACUGUUCGCAUGGGAGGCGCACUCCAAAGGCCUGGACGUACACUUGCUGGCUGAGCCCACAAAGCUGCAAAUGUUGCAACGCCAGUAUGAGGAGAAGAAGGACCAGUUCAAAACACAGGUUAAGCAAUCAGUGCUGGACAAGUAUGGGGGGGAAGAGCACUUGAAGGCACCCCCGCGUGAGCUACUGCUGGCGCAGAGCGAAGUCUUCGUGCAGUACAACCGGGACGGGACACGAGCCGGGGCGGCCGAGAAACAAUUAGCCAAGAGUAAAUAUGAAGAAGAUGUACUCAUAAACAACCACACAUCAAUCUGGGGAUCGUUCUGGAGGGAGGGCCAGUGGGGCUACAAGUGUUGUCACUCGUUUAUAAAGAUGUCAUACUGCGUCGGUGAAGCGGGCAAAUCGGUGGUGUUAGAUGUGCCGGAUACACAGAAACUUGCACUAAAGCAUGAAAAGAAAGCUGAAAAAUCAGAAAAGUCCUCGUCCUCAUCGGAUUCAAGUUCAGACAGCAGUUCUUCAGAUUCUGAGCGUGACACUCGAACCAAGACAGAGAAGAAAAGCAAGAAGAAGAAAAACAAAAAGAAGGCUAAGAAGAAGAAAAAGAAGGAACUCAAGAAGGGAAAGCGGGAGGAGGAUAAACUCAAAAAGGCUUUGGAAAUGGAAGAGAGAAAGCAGAAACAUGCUGAUUACCUCCUUUCUGUGGAUGAAAGGAAACGUCCAUACAAUAGUAUGUUACAAGUUAAAGAACCUACUGAAGAGGAAAUGGAGGCUUACAUGAUGAAAAGGCGGAGAGAUGAAGAUCCUAUGAGCCAGUUUAUGUAAAAUGUACAUAUAAAUAAAUAAUUAAGAAUGGUA